AUGCUGUUUCCUGCUGUUCAUGAGUUGGGAUUCAAGGCAGGGCAAACGUGCUACAAACUAUGGCACAAUGCCUAUACCCUACCAGAUGUCGGAGAAGCAUUGGAAUUCGUAAAAGGAUUUCCAGCAAUGUACAGCAUUUGGUGGUGGAAUUUGGUAGAGAAUGAUCCGUUGCAUGUUGCAGUUGAAACUAUCCUGCUUUUGAGUAUCAUUUACAUCAUGGCGUCUCGAUCCACCCAGGGAUACAAGAAUGGUAAAGAUAAUCUGAGCACGAAAGAGACAGAAGAAUUAUUGGGAGAUUGGAAGAGAACUCGGGCUCCGUUGGCGCCGUCUGUUGAAGAGGAUGGUGGCGAUGGAGAAUGCCUUAUCGUUCACGAGCAACAUGGAAAAAUGUUAACUGUCAGCACAGUAAACAAUCCAGGGACGAAGACAAAGGUCAUGAACUUCUGCAAUUUUGAUUUUCUCGGCUUCCAGACAUCUUCGCUUCUGAAGAAAGCCUCUACAGAAGCAUUGGUCAAGUACGGUUGUGGUUCUUGCGGUCCUCGUGGUUUCUAUGGCACCAUCGACAAACAUUUGGAGCUUGAAGAUACAAUCAGCAAAUUUGUGAAAACAGAUGGUGCCAUCAUGUAUUCCGAUGGCGCUUCCACUUGCUCCAGUACUGUAGCCGCAUUUGCAAAGCGCGGUGACGUCUUGGUUGUAGAUGAAGGUAUCUAUGAACCACUUAUGACUGGAGUUUACUUGAGCCGAGCAAACGUCCACUGGUUUAAGCACAACGAUAUGGAAGAUCUAGAGCGAGUUCUGGAUGGUCUUCACAAGACUGAUCUUAAAUUGGGUCGAAAGCCAAAUGCUUUGAGACGAUUUAUUGUUGUUGAGGGACUGUACAAAAAUCUAGGAACCAUCGCGCCGCUGGACAAAAUUGUGGAUCUUAAAAACAAGUACAAUUAUCGUUUGAUUCUUGACGAGAGCUUCUCAUUUGGCACAUUGGGCGAAACAGGGCGUGGCGCGCUAGAGCAUUUCAACAAACGGCAUAUGUACGAUGCCGAAAUCGUUACAAUUGCCCUCGAGAACUCCAUUGGAAGUGUUGGAGGUGUUACUGUGGGAAACGAAGAAGUCGUAGAUCACCAGCGACUAUCGGGAGCAGGAUACUGUUUCAGUGCAUCCGCGCCACCAUUUACAGCAAGCGCCGCCAUAGCUGCGAUUCAGCACAUGGAAUCGAACGUUGACUGCAUCGAGAAAUUACAAUCGAAUAUGAAAUUGAUGUAUGGUUGCUUGGAGAAGACAUUGACUAAACUUGUUGUGACAAGCGACGAGCGGUCACCUAUCGUCGUUCUUCAAUUGACGAAGGAAUCAGAGUACGAAGCAGACAUUAUUAAGGGCAUCAUGCAAGAGUGCUUGAGUCGAGGAAUUGCAAUUGUUUCCACUGGCCAAGACGCUUGCGGCCAUUUGAGAACUGAGUUGGCGCCUGCCUUGCGAAUUACAGUGUCCGCAUUACACACAGAAGCAGACAUCACGACCGCAGUUGAUGUUCUGGAGGAGUCGUCCAAGGCUAUCAUGAAGAAGUUUCCCCACUACUCACCAUGA